AGUCAGAAGCUCUCAAGCUUGCACAUAGAGAGAGAGAGAGAGAGAGAGAGAGAGGGCGAGAAUGGACUUGUUGGUCUUGAUGUUGGGGCUCUGCCUCUCCUGGGGGCUGCUCCAAGCUCUCCUCUACAUUGCAAACAGAGGUAAAUCGGGUAACGUUGGGAAGUUGCCACCAGGUCCGAGGCCGCUCCCGGUGAUCGGUAAUCUCCUUGAGCUCGGGUCCCUACCCCACAGGUCUCUAGCCAAGCUUGCUAGUGUCUACGGUCCGAUCAUGAGCCUCAAGCUGGGCUGCAUCACCACUGUGGUCGUCUCCUCAGCCCCAAUGGCACGAGAGAUCCUCCAGACCCAUGAUGUCUCCUUUUCCAACCGCCUUACUCCCGAUUCCUUGACACCGUUCCGCUAUCAUGAGCAUGCGCUGCCUUGGGUCCCCGUCUCUCCGCUCUGGAGGAACCUCCGCCGGAUUUGCAACGUGCACCUGUUUGCGUCCAGUACCCUCGACUCAAGCCAACACAUUCGCCGCCGAAAAAUCCAGGAACUCCUAUCUCACGUCGGAAAAUGCAGUGAGACGGGAAGCUCAGUGAACAUUGGCGAGGCGGGAUUCACGACCACGCUCAACCUGCUGGGAAACACGAUCGUCUCCAUGGACCUGGCAGACCCCACCUCAGAGUCGGCCAAGGAGUUCAAAGAGUUAGUGUGGCAGAUCAUGGUGGAGGUGGGGAAGCCGAACCUGGCGGACUACUUCCCGGUGCUCAAGAGGGUGGACCCGCAGGGCGCGAGGCGAAGGAUGACAGGUUACUUCAGGCGAUUAUUUGAUGUUUUUCAAGGAAUCAUCAAGAGCAGACUGCAGGCCCGGGAGGUCACUGGCUCCGUCAGGAAGAAUGAUGUGUUGGAUACUCUGCUCGAAUUGAGCAUGGAAGAGUUUCAAAUUAAGCACUUGUUCUUCGACCUCUUUGUUGCGGGGACUGACACCACUUCAAGCACAUUGGAGUGGGCAAUGGCCGAGCUGCUCCGAAAUCCCGAGAAGCUAUCGAAAGCACAAGCCGAGCUUGAAAAUGUGAUUGGCAGCGGCAAACCUGUCGAGGAAACAGACAUUGCUCGACUACCAUACUUACAGGCAACGGUGAAGGAGAUCUUCCGGAUGCACCCGGCAAUCCCACUGCUGCUCCCUCGUAGGGCUGGAGCCACCACUCAGGUUGGCGGCUACACCAUCCCUGAGGGCUCACAGAUCCUGGUCAAUGUCUGGGCCAUAUGCAGAGAUCCCGCCACGUGGAAGGACCCGGACGAGUUUAUUCCGGAGAGGUUCUUGGGAUUGGACAUCGAUGUCAAGGGGCAGAACUUCGAGCUCUUGCCGUUUGGCGGAGGUCGGAGGAUAUGCCCGGGCAUGCCACUAGCCAUAAGAAUGUUACAUCUGAUGCUCGGUUCGCUCCUUAACUCCUUUGAUUGGAAGCUCGAAGAUGGGGUUUCUCCGGGAACCAUGAAAAUGGGAGAUAAGUUCGGGAUCACCUUACAAAAGGCGCAAUCUCUCCGAGCUGUGCCUUUACCGAGAAAUAGUCACUAGAGACCCAUUCAUAAUAAUUUGCCAUCAGAAAAUGUAUGAUAAAUCGAUCUAAUGUGCGAUGUUUGUUAUAAUGAAUCGAUUUGAUGUUCAGUGUUUAAUUUGGCAUGGA